GGCAAUCCAUUUCGAUCUCAAUAAAUCAUUCGAAGGAAAGUGAAAGAAAAAUAAAUUCUCACCAAUUUUGUUUCGUUUGUCGUUACUACAGAAAUGAACGCAGCAAUGAUAAUGGGCCAUGCUUGCUUGAAAUCUUCACUCAAAACACUUCAAUGUAACACAACCCUAUACCUUGUGCCCGUCCAGCCUCGAUUUGGUGCCUCACGCAAUCCAAGAUGGGGCUGCGUGAUAAAGAGCUUAUCAUUUUGCAUUUUAUUUUCGUCAAACAACUGCGGUAUGGCUUCCUCGUGAACAUCACGUGGGCAAAGUCCGGAGUCCUGUUGACUUAGUGCUGGGCUCGUUUAAGUUUACUUCCUUGUUUGACGCUUAGUUGUGUUUACAACUGUGAAUGGUUGUCCUAUAGUGUAUACCAAAGAUGAUUUCGGCAAAGGUUUCCUUUGUGGUAAUUUUGCUAGUGUGGUUCUCUGUCUCUUCUAAUUGUCAAUGUCCAGCGCGAGACUGUGAUGUCACGUCUUGGACAUUCUGGAGUCGGUGCACUUCAGACCAAUGUGGGCAGUUGGGAGCUCAAAGUCGAUCAAGAAUGAUAGUAACAAGGCCUACUUGUGGUGGAAGAGAAUGCCCUGACAACCUUUUCGAAACUCGUCAGUGCUAUGGAGGAAAUCCAGUUGACUGUGAACUGAGCGAGUGGACAAGUUGGAGCUCUUGCACAACUCCUUGUGGCGCAUCGGGAACGCAAUCUAGCUCUCGUCACCGAGUUCUUACUGAGAAGUGUGGCGGUACAUGUUCGUCUUCUCUCUCAAGAACAAGAUCCUGCUUACAGACCAGUUGUUUCAAUGGGGGAAGUGUACAAAAUGGAGCAUGUCGCUGUCGAGAUGGGUUUACCGGAAAUUGUUGCCAAGGUAUCUUGCUAAAGAGAAAAGAAAAGCUCCUCUACAAACACACACACACAAGCACAUCUUAAUUUUGGAAGCUUAUUUUGAACAGAAAAUUUAAGGACCAAUUUUUUACUUUGAUAUGCGUAUUUCGAAAAAUAUUUUGGACCCAAAAUGGAGAACAGA